CCGUAUCGCGUCCCGAGUUUAUAGUCUAUAUAUCCGCGAAGCCGCGGUGCUACAUACAUACUUGAACAGGCUAUACAUCAUAAAUACCUCAUUUAUUUCUGGUACAUCCAUCUAACUUAAUUCCCCUUUUUCAUGACGGGAGUAUUGAAGGGAAGCGAAUACACUUGGGGAAACGGCUUUGAGUCACACGCAUGGUGAACAGCUUGACUUGCACGCUCUUGCCAACAUUUGUUUCUCCUGGUCUGCUGAAGGCGUGACACCUCGCCAUGCUGUGGAAGAGCAUUGCCAUUCUCUCAGUUGUCCUGUUAUGUUACACAUUCCUGUCAGCGACAGUGUUUCAUUAUCUGGAACAGCCAAAUGAAAUCCUUGUGAAGGAAAGGACACGGGACUUUCACAUGGAAUUCCUACGUAACUUCUCGUGUUUAAAGACUGGCGAUCUGGAGAUCUUCGUAGAGCGAGUGACGGCGGCGUACGACAUGGGCGUGGUGGCGACAGCCAAUAAGACGUCAGAAACGAACUGGGACUUCGCAAGUGCUUUCCUCUUCACCACGACCAUUAUUUCCACGAUAGGCUAUGGCAACAUCGCGCCGACCACCUUGGCUGGACAGGCUUUCUGCAUAUUCUGUGCACUGUGCGGAAUACCUUUAAGUGCUGUGUUCCUUGCGGCAAUGGGUCAGAAACUGAGGUAUCCCAUCACGAAGCUCCAGGAGAGGAUAGUCACGAGCCGAUCUCACCGUGUCCUCAGAUGUGUCAAAGUCUGCCUGUGUGUGGUGCUGGGCUCCACCCUGUUCAUCCUCCUGCCCUCCGUCCUAUUCAGCGUGGUGGAGGGGUGGCACUAUGGCGUGUCCGUGUACUAUACUGUUAUAACGCUCACUACUAUAGGAUUCGGGGACUAUGUAGCAGGUCAGCAGGCGAUGCCGUACCGUCACCUAUAUCGUGCUGUGGCUGCUGUGUGGGUGGUUCUAGGUCUCGCCUGGGUAGCCCUGCUCAUCAGCGAGAUGACCGGCGACAUCAAUGACAAGAUCGUCAAAAAGGAAAAGAAAUGCAGUACCAAACAUGUAGAUGAACAGGACGAAUUACAGAUGAAACCUCUCGAGUCUUAGAAGAUAGUGAAGUGACGUGUUUGAGAUACGAGACCCCGUGUCCUCGUUCUGUUGGGGGAACUAUGGGCGCUCGGGAACCUUGAUUAUGUUGGUGACUCUUUACCCUCGUGCAACCAGGUUUCCUGACGAAGUAGUGAUAUGAUCAGUGUACCGAAGCAGUAUAGCAUUGUGAUACCAGUAUACCUCGAUGAAGACAAUACUCUCUUGAUACCAGUAUACCUCGAUGAACACAGAAUGUUUAAUUGAUGCCAGUACCCCACGAUGAAGACGAUACUCUCUUGAUACCAGUAUACCGCGAUGAAGACAAUACUUUCUUACACACCUGUGGGUAAGAAACCCAUUUGAGAUAACUGGUAUCAAACAUGUGUGAGAUGAAAUUCCAGGCCAGUGAUUGGCUGCGCCAUGGUGAUGGUCAGAUUAUGGCGGACUACUUUCCAGAUCGUAAGUCAUUGAUAAGUUGCUCGUGCUUCUGUCGAAUGUCCACCUACGUCUGUGUUGAACGUUAUGGAUUUAGAGUGUUAAUAGAUAUAUUCCUGUGUUAUGGGUUUUCGGACGCUAAGACACAUUCGCUUAUCACAAGAACCGUAAAACAACUCAUUCACUUAUCAAAGACAGCUUUAUCUAAAAAUCAAGCCAUCAUUUGAGUAUUUACAAUGUCUGUUGACACCACAACCCUCGUUAUAGCGGGCGUAAUUCGCGAUUCACAUGGCCCUCUGAAAACGUUUGAUGUCCGAAAACAUAUGAUCUGAUUAUAUAUAUAUAUGCCUCUCCUCUUCAACCCUCACUUCGAAGUCGACUAAAAUUUGAAAUACAUCACGCACACUAAAACUUUUGAAUUCUGUUGGAAAUUCCCUCUUCUUUGAUAUCAUCCACUGUCAUAUUAGCCAAAGCAAAAUUACUGUGUGUUUAGAAAUCUAAAUAUCGGAUAUUUAGUCGAAGGAUUGAAUUUCAAAAAUAGCACAUUAGUGAUCACGGGAACAUUCACCAAAACACCAAUGAUAAUUCUGAAACGUCGCCAAGGAACCUGGAAUGGUUUAAAAUGUGUUUGAAAAUACGCAAACUCGAACGCCUAAGUGCACUUUCCGCCAUAUUGGAUAGUGUUUACAAAAAUCACGUUUCGCGUAUGUGAGUUAUGAGGUGCCUAUUAGAUCACGUACAUUUCAAACGCAGCUCGGAUAUAUGCAUCCCUGAAUUCCUCACACAUUUUAGAAUCAAAUGACAAAUGGUCUUUGUCACCAAUACAAGUUAUCGAGAUGACAUGAAGCUAAAUAAAUUAGGUGUGGAAACGAACAGCUGUGCUCGGAAAACUGUACUUGUUGCAAUGUAAACAAAUCAAAAUUCGGAUUUUACACUCUCCCAUUUUGAGAGACCAAUUCGUCUAAUUGUUGCAUACUUUAAUUAAAAUUAUAUACAUUACAAUGAUCAGGGAAAUUCAACACACUUUGUAAAAGUUUCCGUCCUGUGGGACACCAUGACUGACGCAAAGUCACGCACAACGACGACGGCUGUUAUCUGCAGUUCUGUCAAAGUCUUCCGCUGUUGUUCUGAUGUGACGUCUAUUUCGUCUGUAUGUUUUGCCACUGCUAGUUGUCACCUUGUAUGAUCCUGGUGAAGGGUCGACUGCUGUCACAACAGCAGAAUUCCACCCGAUCUUCUGUACUCUGACAUAGUGUCCCGGAUUCAGGGGAGGCAACUCUCUGCUUCCUUUGUCAUAGUAGCACUUUUGUAGAUCUUGCCUGUAUUCACGUUGUCUUUAAAGCAGGGAGUGAUCUUUUACUUGUGGUUUGGGGAGUGCUUUUGACACAGGCAAGGGGCUCUUCGGGCGCCGUCCCAUCAGCAUCUGUGCUGGCGUCAAGUUCACUUAGUACACUGGUGUAUUUCUGUACUCAAGCAGGGAUAAGUAAACAUCUCUUCCACUUGCCUCUGCCUUUUUCAACAUCAUCUUGACAGUCUGUACUGAGCUUUCGGCUUGACCAUUCGAUUGUGGAUAUGUUGGGCUUGAUGUCAUGUGGGUGAAUUCCCAUGCCUGUGAAAAUCUGCGAAACUCAGUACUUGAAAAUUGUGGACCAUUAUCUGUCAUGAUUUCAUCUGGUAUUCAGUGUCUAGCAAAGACUGACUUCAUUGCUGUGAUAGUAGUUUUGCUUGACUAGUCAGUAAGUUUCACAAUUUCUGGUUACUUUGAAAAGUAGUCCAAACACAACAGGUAAUCACUGUUUUUGUAUACAAACAAGUCUGCACCAACUUUAGCCCAUGUUCUUUCUGGUAUGUCAUGGCUUUUCAGUGGCUUUUUUGUGUUGCUCUUUUUGUUUUCAUUGCAGAUUGUACACUGAGAUACAAAAUCUUCAUUAUAUUUGUCUAUUCCAAUCCAGAAGAGUACAUCUCUUGCUUGUUGCUUGCAUUUCGUUAUUCCUGGUGUGCUUCAUGAAUUUUUUGUAGCAUUUCUGCUUGCAGUGCCCUUGGAAUAACUAGUUUGUUUCCCUUGAAAACUAGAUCCCCAACUACAGUCAGUUCGUCACGAAUAUUCCAGAAAUCUGGUACACAAGCUGGAACAUCUUUCCUGUCAGACGACCAACCAAUGAGAAUGACAGAUUUCAGUUGCUGUAGUUGUGGGUCAUCUGCUGUGGCCAACUUGAAUGUCUCCACUCGAGAUGAAGUCAAUGGUAGUUGUGAUAUAAAGUUCACAUCAAACUCUGCCUCGUCGAACCAAUUGUCAUCAGCUCGGAGAUAUGCUCUGCUCUCAGCAUCAGCAACGAUAAAUUCCUUACCAGGACGGUAAGUAACCUGUAGAUCAUAUUUCUGCAGACGGAGCAAGAUUCUCUGCAAUCUUUGUGGAGCCUGGCACAAAGGUUUUCGGAAAACUGCUUCAAGUGGCUCGUGGUCUGUUUCUACACGGACAGGUUUUCCAUAUAUAUAUAUAUUGAUGGAAUUUCUCACACCCAUGCAUGAUUCCCAGCAUCUCCUUCUCGAUCUGUGCAUAUCUUUUCUGUGCACUUGUUAACGAUCGUGAUGCCAACGCAACUGGCUUUUCAGCUUGUAUGAGCAUUGCUCCUAGUCCUUCGCAACUGGCAUCAGCUGACAAUGUCACUGGUUGAGUGACAUCGAAGUACUGAAGUACCGGAAUGUUAGUCUCUUGUUUCUUCAAAUUCUUGAAGCAUUUUCUCUGGGGUUCUCCCCAGUGCCAUGCAAUGUCUUUUGACAUCAGCUGACAUUUUCACUGGUUAAGUGACAUCGAAAUACUGAAGUACCGGAGUGUUAGUCUCCUGUGUCUUCAAAUUCUUGAAGCAUUUUCUCUGGGGUUCUCCCCAGUGCCAUGCAAUGUCUUUUGACAUCAGCUGACAUUUUCACUGGUUGAGUGACAUCGAAGUACUGAAGUACCGGAGUGUUAGUCUCCUGUGUCUUCAAAUUCUUGAAGCAUUUUCUCUGGGGUUCUCCCCAGUGCCAUGCAAUGUCUUUUGACAUCAGCUGACAUUUUCACUGGUUGAGUGACAUCGAAAUACUGAAGUACCGGAGUGUUAGUCUCCUGUGUCUUCAAAUUCUUGAAGCAUUUUCUCUGGGGUUCUCCCCAGUGCCAUGCAAUGUCUUUUGACAUCAGCUGACAUUUUCACUGGUUGAGUGACAUCGAAGUACUGAAGUACCGGAGUGUUAGUCUCCUGUGUCUUCAAAUUCUUGAAGCAUUUUCUCUGGGGUUCUCCCCAGUGCCAUGCAAUGUCUUUUGACAUCAGCUGACAUUUUCACUGGUUGAGUGACAUCGAAAUACUGAAGUACCGGAGUGUUAGUCUCCUGUGUCUUCAAAUUCUUGAAGCAUUUUCUCUGGGGUUCUCCCCAGUGCCAUGCAAUGUCUUUUGACAUCAGCUGACAUUUUCACUGGUUGAGUGACAUCGAAAUACUGAAGUACCGGAGUGUUAGUCUCCUGUGUCUUCAAAUUCUUGAAGCAUUUUCUCUGGGGUUCUCCCCAGUGCCAUGCAAUGUCUUUUGACAUCAGCUGACAUUUUCACUGGUUGAGUGACAUCGAAGUACUGAAGUACCGGAGUGUUAGUCUCCUGUGUCUUCAAAUUCUUGAAGCAUUUUCUCUGGGGUUCUCCCCAGUGCCAUGCAAUGUCUUUUGACAUCAGCUGACAUUUUCACUGGUUGAGUGACAUCGAAAUACUGAAGUACCGGAGUGUUAGUCUCCUGUGUCUUCAAAUUCUUGAAGCAUUUUCUCUGGGGUUCUCCCCAGUGCCAUGCAAUGUCUUUUGACAUCAGCUGACAUUUUCACUGGUUGAGUGACAUCGAAGUACUGAAGUACCGGAGUGUUAGUCUCCUGUGUCUUCAAAUUCUUGAAGCAUUUUCUCUGGGGUUCUCCCCAGUGCCAUGCAAUGUCUUUUGACAUCAGCUGACAUUUUCACUGGUUGAGUGACAUCGAAAUACUGAAGUACCGGAGUGUUAGUCUCCUGUGUCUUCAAAUUCUUGAAGCAUUUUCUCUGGGGUUCUUCCCAGUGCCAAGCAAUGUCUUCUGACAUCAACUGACAUUUUCACUGGUUGAGUGACAUCGAAGUACUGAAGUACCGGAGUGUUAGUCUCUUGUUUCUUCAAAUUCUUGAAGCAUUUUCUCUGGGGUUCACUUUGCCAGUGCUUUGUUCGGUGAUGUCAUACGGUAGUAAACAUUGUUGUACAUAUUUGGUAAUUUCUUUGAGGUGAAUUUUUUAAACUCGGCAUCAUGCGGGUUCUUUGAUCUUAUCUAGUUUGCACUAUCAUCAUCGCCUUUGUGAUCAACAGAUGGCGGAAACGUUUUUAGGUUUAGGUGUAGGGUCACAUUAUUUGUGAAUAGUAAGCAGUACGUCCGAUGACGUCACUCAUGACCGUUGUGUUAUGUAUUAAUGCGCCACUGCGAUUUUAAGGUCUGUAAGAAACAGAUUACUAACCUCGUGCCUGUCAGAUACCAUUUAUCUUUCAACUCGUUGUGAGAUAAAUGGUACCUAACAGGCACUCGUGUAGUAAUCUCUAUCUUUUGAUACCAGUACCCAAUGAUGAACACAAUAAAAUACCAUUAGUACCAAUAAAGCACUUUGAGAUCUGCUAUUGCAACCGAAGGAAUUUAAAAGAGGAAAACAUUCUACUCAAAAGAAGUUACAAAACAUUCGAUUUGUUCAUAUGACUAUAGUUGAUCUCUAAUGACUGGUGGGUAUGCUACACACAGCCCAGUCUGUCUUACAGAUCGUGAAACAUAAAUAUCCAAUACAGCCCAUGCACGUCUAUGAUAAUGGGCAAGUCUAGAUUACUGCAGUUUCGGGUGAACAGUCUCUGGGCUCCUUUUUAAUUAUAUAUUAUUAAGAUAAUUAAUAAUUGUUGUUUUUGUAAUAUUUUCAGAGACUACAUGUAUGUUAGUCUACACAUAGCCUUCCACGUUUGUUCCACUUGUUGUAAGUAGUAUAUAACAUACGGAAUGACUGUCAAGUCAAGAGGUCCAAAUCCAUGACAUUUGUGGACGUGAAUGUUGAUUUAGCUCCAAAUGUUUGUUUGUUUGUUGUUUGACGCCGAACUCAGCAAUAUUGCAGCUAUAUGACGGCGGUCUGCAAAUACUCGAGUCUGAACCAGACAAUCCAGUGAUUCACAUCAUGAGCAUCGAUCCAA